UGACCAAUGUUGGUCAUUAUCGUGUUUCUUCCGCUAGCGGCACACACCCCUCUCAAUCAGUGGCCUAUUCCCCGGGUAUACCCACUUUCACGAUCCCUUCAGACUCGUCGAUGCGUCGAGAUAAAAUGGACCGGCUAAGGCGGAAGUUUGGGGACGACGUUCCUGUGGAUCUCGUCUUCCCCCGCGAGAAGGUCCGAUCUCGCAAGCAUCAGCGCUCUGAUGCGGUCAAUGUCAUCACUAUACCAGCCGAUUCGCGCAUCCCGCAUUCUCCUCAGCACACUGUGAUGAUCAAAACAUCGACUGUUUCUCGAAAAACUCAGCCUUCUCUUAAGGGCUCCGGACCCCUUUCGUCGAUAAUCGAGUCAGCAGAGCUGGGUGUAGAGUCUGGGGAACAGCAAGGCUUGCUUGGACCCAGGAGGAGACCAACUGCUGGUUCUUCUAUCGGAUCGAAGGAGUAUUUGGCGCAUCGUCGACAAAAAAUGAAUGGGCACCCAGCUAUUGAGCCUGUUGGUUUCUUAGGCACGACAUUCUAGUCGUCUCGAGUAACAAAAUUGGGCUGGAUCCCGGCUGUCUAGUAUACAUGCCACGAUUUUUUCCCUCCACGGUAAUGUUUCAGCUUAUGACUCGGAUGUAUUAGGACAUGUAUUUUACUGAUUUUGUAUCGCUCUGCUUGUCAUGUUAUGUUUUACUGCUCUCAUAUUUCACUUUGAUAUUUUAUCCGUUUUAAUAGUUGCACUCGUCAUGUCUUCAUCUUUACCCGUAUGCUUUCACAUGUAUACUUCAUUCGGGUGCACGCAAACCUUUCAUUUCCAAGUUCACAUCAGAGUGCCCGGUGAUCUUCCAAGCCAAGUUAAAUUCAGACGUUUUGGGAAGGA